ACAAAACAUCAUCUACUCAAACACCUCAGCUCAUCUCAACACUCUAUUGCCAAACCAACUCCCAAACUCUAACUUUCAAAAUGCAAUUCACAACCAUCACCACCAUCCUCGCCACUGCCCUCGCCGUGAGCGCCACCCCCCUCCAGCAGGACGUCACCAAGCGCCAGGAAGGCGGCGUACCUCGCGUCUACGCCCGCUUCUACAAUGACGGCGGCUGCGGUCCUUCUCCCUGGGCCGAAGACACCGUCUUCAUCCAAUCCGAGACGGUCGGGCUGGCCGGAUGCCAGAACCUGGGUGUUGGGCCAUUUGCCAGCACCUUUUUUGAUAACAACAACUUUAGCAGGACUGUUCGAUUCUUCAACCUUCCUUGCUCUCAGCUUACUUCUACGACGAGUGGCAACUUUAUUGAUAUUCAACCUGGUCAGCAGCCUGGAUGCCAGAACUUGGCUAUUCGAUCUUGGAUUACUUUGUAAAGCGGCUCGCAUCUUUGUUUCUUAGACGCUGAGUGCUCGGAGGGAAGGGAGGAAGCUGGGCGAGGAUGAGAGCGUGGGGAGGUAAGAGAAGUUGGAAAGUGGAUGAUUGAUGGUGGCAGAGUCGGGUCCAACACUCCGGCUAGUCUCACCAUGGGUUUUAUACUUUCAUUGUUUCGCAGUCACUCAUUAGGAUAAUAAUAGAGAUUUUGGGGACGCCCCCUCUUUUUUCUAAAA